AUCAAUGAUUCAAAAAUGGUGUUCUUAUUGAUGAAAGAAUAUGACGUGGUCUCAUGGAACUCGCUGCUAUCAGGAUGCGCUCAUCAUGGAUAUGGUAGAGAGGCUCUGGAGUUGUUUGAACAGAUGAGAAAGACAGAGAUUACACCUGAUAGCACCACAUUCCUUGUGGUACUAUCUGCUUGCAGCAAUGUUGGAUUUCUUGACAAAGGACUUGAAUACUUUGAGUUGAUGAAAAAUGAUGCCAUGCUUGAACUGCCUGGAGUGGAGCACUAUGCUGCUGUUAUUAAUCUUUUUGGUAGGGCAGGGUAUCUGAAUGAAGCAGAAGCCUUUAUCAAUAGCAUGCCAAUCGAGCCAGGACCAUCUGUUUACAAAGCUCUUCUAAGUGCUUGUGAAGUUUAUGGAAAUAUAGAAAUUGCUACACGUUCAGCAAAUAGGCUUCUAGAGCUGUGGCCUAAUGAUCCUGCAACAUAUGUGCUGCUAUCAAAAGUACUGAAAAUGGGGAAUGACUGGGAUGAUGCAGCAGUUGUGUGUAAGCUAAUGUCUGAUAGAGGGGUGAGGAAGAAUCCAGGCUGUAGUUGGAUUUGAGUUAUCGAAUGACUCAGUCUCUAUUGCAAUGUGAAACUGUCAACCAUCAUCAAGAUAGAAGAAAAUCAGCUUUAUCUUGGGUGUUUCUUCAAAGGAUGGAAGAGAGAAUUUAGAAUAUCCUUUCAUCGAAGAAACUCUUUUCCCAAGUUUGGCUUUUCAAAUCACGUGUAACUGUUUUUGGUGAUGCAUAGCCGUAUAUUUAUGAAAGGAUAACAAGACCUAAAUUUUGCAGCCAGCUUAAUUGUAUUAUGCUGAGGUAAAGCCUGUUUAGAGGAAGUAAUCUUAAAUUUUGUGAAGAGGUAUCUGGGACAUUUAGUUUUCUGUAUAUCCUUCCAUUACAUGUUAAGUAAAUAAACAUGCCUUGUUCUGAGUAAUAACGUUUGCUCACUCAAUUUUGGAAAUCUAUCCUUUGCAAUGGUAUAAUUGAUAUUCAAUGCAAAGGGUUGGUGUGCUCCUUAAUAAAAGAGCUUCAUUGCCAUGUGUAAUAGAAAAUUUUACGACUUACAUGUGAAUCUGUUUGCUUGGGGGCAUGGAAUUAUAGUCCUCAGAUUCCAUGAGAUCGACAAGAAAGAGGAAGCAUUUUGCUGAUGAAUCAAUUGAAUAAUUAAAUUGUAUGUGUUGUCAGUUUGCUAUUCAGAACCUUUGGAAAAAAUUGUAACAACAUUUUUAUUUUCUUAAUUUCAAUGUUUUGUUCUAGCUAAAGGAUUUGUAAGGACAUGUGAAAAGUGUUUUUAUUAAUUUAAUGUUUUGUAAGGAUUUGUAAUGAUUUGAUUCUAUAUAAGGAUCUUCUCUAAACAAUUACAAUUCAUUAGCACAAAAUACAUGCACAUGGAAAGAGUGGUACUCUGUCUAAUCUAAAAGGUUUGUGUUUCCUGUAUUUAUUAGAAUGUGCAUGAAACUGCAUCAUCAUUUCAGAUAGUGGAAGCACCAUAUGUUUGCAAAGGUUAUUGUCAAAUUCCAGUCCCAUUGGACAUCUGGCCAAAGAAGAGGUUGAAAGUUGAUCCUGACCUAGUCAAAUUGCUAUUUUAAGGAAAAGGAAAACAAUGCCAUUGCAUCCUUAUUUUGUUACCAUGUGUAAAACUUGUGCCCACAGGCAUCUCAGUACCUCGUCGAAUUAUGUGGCAAUUGUUUGCUGUCCAUGCAAAAACACCGGGGAGUCAUGCUCCAGUAAUGUUGUUUUCUCUUAUAUGUCUCUCUUUAGGUUGACAUCUAGAAUGCAAAACCGAUUGUGGAAGACUUUCAAGACGGGAAGGAACACGAAAUUCAAUCAGUCAACAAUCGGAGAAAACAUGGCUCAACUUGAUCCCUUACAUCGAUAUGGCGAUAAUCAUCGAAAUCCUACCACUCCAACUAUUGAACAACUUCUUCGAGCUGAGGAUCCUCUAGCCUGGUCGCCUCAAUCACACUCUUCACCCAGAUCUGCAAGGAGCCAAGAGGUCAAUGAUCCUGAAGACGUCCAUUACCAUCCCAAAAAGUUAACCGUUCUCUCAAAAGUCAAGGAGAAGGCUCGAAGAUGGAGGCAGAGUUUCAUUAAAAGGAAGCAUAGUGAAGGAGAUAACACCACGCCCUCUUGGGGUGUUAGGUUGGAAGAUGAGGACGAUGGUGAUGAAGUUGUAGGAGAUCCUGAGUAUCUUGGUGCUCCAAUGUAUGAAUCGGAGCUGGCACCUGAAGGGUACAAGGAGAAUGCAAGGCAGCAUCCAAGGGCAGUUCCUGUAAUCUCAGAAGAGCAUGUUUUGCCAAGCAGUGUCAAACCUGUUCCUGAACAAGAAAAAACGGAAGCCAAGGCCAAGAAGCAGGCACCAGCUAAUGCCACAGGAACAGAUGCAACCCAGAAGAUUGCUUCAAAGAUUCAAGGCCUCUCUGUUUCAGCGCCAACAGCUUCCGAAACUGAGAAGCAUGCUACUUAUGAAAAUAAUAAGCAUGCUGCUCAUAAAACCAGCGAGGAUGGUACUCAUGAAGCUGACAAGUAUGCUACUCAAGAAACUGACAAGCAUGCCCUAAAAGCUGAUAACCCAAUCAGCCCCAGAGAGAACAAUUGGGAUAAAGGUGUUUCAGUGAAGGAGUAUAUAAAGAACAAAUUUGAGCCAGGGGAAGAUGAGAAAGCACUUUCUCAGGCAAUAUCUGAUGCAAUGAGCCCAAGGAGAACUCCAGGUGAUGUGGGUGUGAUCGAAAAAGUGAAAGGGGCUGUAAACUCUUUGCUCUGGAGAGAGGAGACAGCCCAAUCUACAAUCGAUCAUUCAGCUGGAAACUCAUCUCCACACAUUCCCAUUUCUAACAAUGCUCAAGUUGGUACCUUCCUUUUUCCUCGUAAUCGCAAAUUUGGCAUCCACUUGCAUACUUGAAUUUAGUAUUAGAGGAAUAAAAAAUUUAACAAAUGGAUGCUGAAUCGUGACUGCCUGAGGAUUCUAGAAUCCAAAUUAUAUCAUAUCUAUUGCCAAAAUUUCUUUCAAGAGUCUGGAUACUAUUUUGCAAAAGAUCAGUUGAUAUCAUGGUAAGUCACACGGUCAAAUGUACAUCAGUUAUAACUCUUUCUGUCCAGUCCUACUAUGGAGGUUCAGUAGUCUUCAUCAUUGUCACCUAGUAACUCAAACUGAUCCUUGUUCAGGAUACCAAUGACUCCUCUCAUUUUUCCUUUUGCCUUUUUGCAGUUAUGAAGGAAGAGUACUCCAAGCCAACUGAAAGAUAAAUUUUACCCUGAUUGCGACAUGGUUUUCUGGACAGUCUCUUCUAAUAAAUAGUUUCAAGAAAUCUAAUUUUAAGUUUUGUAUUCAAUAUGAAGCAUCAUCAUCAUCAUUAACUGUAAUCCACCUUACAACUGUUCAAAGUUUGUAUCCAAGAAUUCUUACCUGCAGAACUGCUGGUCUAACUUUUGGUAUGUGGUGUAACCGUGUAAAGGAGCAUAUGACAUAAUAAUGUGUUGAAAAAUAUUAUUAAUUAGGUCCUGAAACAGAAAGAAAAUUAAAAAAAAGAAAAAAAAUUCCAGGCCGCCCGUCUGAAGAAAAUACUACCAGUCUACCAAAUAUGAACUCAAUUGAACAUCAACCACCACAACAAAAUCUAGCCCAAUAUUUAGCUGUGAUUCCUUCACAAAAUGCUCUGAACUUUCAUUGGGGUCCUGAAUCUGAAUCGAUUCCACAUCAAAGACAGUCCAUUUCAUGCUUACAUACUAAAGGCAAAAGAAAUUGGAAAGUUUGGCACCAUAUUAUACCUUUCCAAGGCCUUGUUCUCUGGUCAUCUAUCGUGAUAAGAAUUGUCAUUUGUUUCCAUCAGUAUUUGCAAAAGCCAAUGGAACUGUUCGCUGUCCAUGGAGAGCAGCACUUUCUAUGUGGUUUACAGCAAUCCCAACUUCUCUUGUGCCGUUAAAUGUUGACUAAUUCGAUAAGUUGAUACAAGCAACUGAAUCACAUGGUUCAGAAAUGAAAAACACAAGAAAAAAAAUUCUAUGCUGACAUUCAUAUAAAGGUAUUGUUCAAAAAGUUUAUUUAGAAAAACAACGAAACACAAAGGUUUUGUUCUUUGUAUACAUGGUGAUCCUUUUCUGGGAUUCCCUUUCCUGCUCUGAUUCCACAAUUUUGCCUUUUCAAAGCGGCGAUA